AUGGACAAUCAAAGCGAAGUGACUGAGUUUAUCCUCUUGGGACUUUCACAGAAUCCAGAUAUUCAGAAAAUAAUAUUUGUAAUAUUUCUGUUUUUCUACCUCACAGCUCUGGGGGUGAAUCUAUUUAUUGUUAUGACCAUCCUUUGUAGUCCCUCUCUUCUGGGCUCACCCAUGUACUUCUUCCUAGCCUUUCUUUCUUUCCUGGAUGCCUGCUUCUCCUCUGCCAUUGCUCCAAAAGUUAUAGUGGAUUCCCUCUAUGAGAGGCAAAUUAUCUCAUUCAGAAACUGUAUGACACAGCUUUUUGCAGAGCAUUUCCUGGCAGGUGUUGAGGUGAUCACCCUCUCAGCCAUGGCUUAUGACCGCUACGUAGCCAUCUGCAAGCCUUUGCACUAUGUUACCACCAUGAGUCGCCGCCUGUGUUUGCUCCUGCUGGGGGUGGCCUGGGUAGGAGGUUUUCUUCAUUCCACUAUCCAAAUGGUCUUCAUUAUCCCAUUACCCUUCUGUGGCCCCAAUGUGAUAGAUCACUUUUUCUGUGACUUGUAUCCUUUGCUGAAACUGGCCUGUACUGACACUCAUGCCCUUGGUCUUAUGGUUGUGGCCAACAGUGGGUUGAUGUGUAUUAUCAAUUUUUUUAUUUUGCUUGUCUCUUAUGGAGUCAUCCUGCAUUCUCUGAGGGCAUACAGUGCAGGGGCACGACACAAAGCCCUCUCUACUUGUGGCUCUCACAUAACAGUAGUUGUCCUGUUUUUUGUUCCAUGUAUAUUUAUAUAUGUACGGCCUCCUUCUACUUUUUCUUUGGACAAAACUGUGGCAAUAUUUUAUACUAUAAUAACUCCUACAUUAAACCCUCUGAUCUAUACUUUUAGAAACACAGAAGUGAAGAAUGCUAUGAGGAGGUUUUGGAAUAGAAAAAUCAUUUCUGUUGAAAAAUAG